UUGUUGCCAUUUUUUAUAGGAACAAUCGAUACAGUUCUUGGAUAUCGAUAUAUUUUUGUGAAGCUGAACGCAGCAUUUAUAUUUUCUACUCUAUUCAACUGAACUGAGUUCCAGUUGUAGUAAAAAUGAGUAAUCUGACAAGACGUGAUAACGAGGCGAGGAAUAUUUCGGAGUCAUAUGGCGAUGUGGACCAGAUCAACACCUACAAUACGCUGCCGGCACACAGCUUCGAGGAAGGGACUUCUUCGGCCGACGAACUGGGAGAAAGUGAAACCCAAGAGAAUCUCUGUACUCCCAAGCCCACCGAUCAGUCCAGAAAACGCAGUAUUUCAACUCCCAGGCCGAGUUCAAGGCAGGAGCAGCACUAUUCCAUGAAUGAACCUCAAAACGGCAUCGGUAUUAAAUUAGCUAUUGCCGGUGUUUUAUUCGGUUUAAUUGUUGUCUACGGGUACGGAUCAAGCAUUGUAGAGGAGAAGCAGUGUGCUUUCAAGGAUCUCCGUACAAAAUAUCCCCUGCAGCAGGAACAAGUGUGGAAAGCCCUGCAAAAGGGCAUCGAGGGGGUGAUAAACAAAAAGGACAAGCACCCCAGUGUUUUCUUGUUCCUGCAUCAGGAUUCCAAGCUACGGAAACUUAUUGAACAAAUUGCCGUCGAGGCUUCAAUGUGCUUUGGUGGUACCGGAAAGGUGAUUUCCUUGGAAAAGGCGGACAUGAAAGAAUGCGGAUUGGCGAUUGAACAGUUCAAGGCAAAAAUAAACGAUGGGAAGGUUUUCUUAAUAGUGGACCUCAACGAAAUUGCGCCGAAUGGAGCCCGAGCUCUGCACACAAUUUGCGAUACAUACAGCCCUCUUGUAAAAGAUGCAGUCAUCUUCCUUACUCUUCGAACAUUCAACACAACCGCCGUAAACAACUCUGUCAAGCUAGCCACGGAUACUCUGUACGAUCUGUGGGAUAAGGAGUUGAGGGACUACGAGCUGGAUCCUUUAAUUACUCGAGUUACCGAUCAGGUGCUCCACUUGAGUAGCAAAAGUUAGACUAGAAUUCAUUAUUGAAGUCUCAGUACCAUUACUACGCCGAAAAAUUGAGCUAACAAAACUUAUAAAGCAUUGAAUUAAGAGAAUUUAUUUGGCUAUUGAUGAAAAAUGAUUUAAUU